AUGGAUAGAAUUCAAGUUCCAAUUGCUAAGUAUGCCAAAAAACUUCAAGCCAAAGUACGAACCGACCCCGUCGAUGAAAUUCAUUUGCCAUCUUUCAUUUUAGGAUCGUUCCUUGUUUUAAGUCUAUCAUUGGUAGGGCCAUUUCUAAAAGUAUUCAUAGGUAAUAUAUUACUAUCACUUAUAACUGUAGUCAAAUAUGCCGUGGUGGUAGGUGGAAUUGCUGCAUGCAUUACUUUAGGACGAAAAAACAACGAUACAGCUUUGCAAGGCAACGAAGCGAAUAAGAAGCCCACACGGAAGCACAAAAAUCCUGUGUGCCAAACAGACAAAGGAAUUCAUUUACAAAAGACUGAGAAGGCUGAAGGAUUAGCAGCCGAGGGGCAAUUGGAAAAGGAUGAUUUCGAGACUUUAAAAUAUUACAAGAUUCCAAUAACGAAAUCCGAACAUAGGAGAUAUCCUUUAAAUAAUGCGUAUGACAGUUUCAUAAAUAGAGCAGCUGAGAAAAAUAAUGAAUGA